UAUAUUUUCACUGAGUAUAUUCGAAAUUGAAGACAAAUCUAUUAGCAAAUUUCCAGCAUCAUAAGCAAUUAGCAAUCACAAUUGCACAAAUUUGUGCAAUUUUGCUGAGACACGUUUUGCUAUUUGGAUCUCUAUUGAAUUAUUUCAUUAAAAUAAUUAAUAACUUGUAAAUAGAUUAAUAAUUACGCGCAAAUUUCUCACGAGAACGAGAUUGUCUAUAUAAAAAUAUGAAUGUAUAUACUCUAACGAAUAUUUCCCGACGAUUAUCCGUAUUAUAAAUUUCGUCAUUUUAUCAUAUCUUAUUACAAAUAAACAGAGAUCGUUAGGAAAGUUUCGAUGAAUGGAUACUAAGCCACACCACGCCACACAAAUCGCUCAGUGAACGCGUUGUUUUCUCUAUUUUCAGUCUGUGUUUAACAAUAAAAAAUGGUGAAAAAUUGUUGUGUUAAAGGAUGUAGCGCAUCGUGGCGACCAGAUGUUGAUGUAUCAUUUUUUAGUUUCCCGUUGAAAAAUAAGGAUUUGUUAAAGGAGUGGUUGGAAAUUGUGCCAAUAAGUAGUAAUAUUUCAAAAUAUUCUCAAAUAUGCAGCGUUCAUUUUGACGAAUCACAGUACGAAUGUUUUUCUGGUAGACGAUUCUUAAAAAAGAAUGCAGUUCCUAGUAUAUUUCCGGAGGAUAUAGCCAAAUUUAAAGAAAUAGUUGAAGAAGUGGAAAAAUUAUAUCCAAAAUAUCAAAAUGUUGUGUUGGAAAGUAUAAAUAACAAUAAUUUUCAUGAUCAUUCUUAUUCGAAAAUGCAAGAGACAUUUCUUGUGUCGUCAGUAUUAAAUGAAACAGACAAAGCAAUACAGGUCACUCCUCGAACUCAGAGCGUAAGUACGCAAACAUCAUCAAGAGCAACUGAAAAAGAAAAAGAAUUACGAUAUCGAAUUAAGAGUCUUCAAUCCAAACUGCGUCGCAAAGAACUGAAGGAACUGAAGAAUAUGAGGAUACCGAUUAAAUAUUCACCGAUUGUUAAAACAUAUAAAAAAAAAUUGUGAAUGCUUAUAUUAUAGUUGGAUCACUUGUGUACUAAAAGUUUUAAAUGAUUAUUUGAUUUUUGCUAGAAUAAGAAUAUUAUAUAAUUCUCUCAAUGUUUUAUAUUGCUGAUAUUAAAAAAAAAUGUAUAGAUAUUAGUUAAGCAUAGGCUUCUUUUCCUGUUAUUAAUUUUUAUAUCAGCAUUA